AUGCGUCACAAUUUCAUUAGGGAUUUAUCUCUGCUUGGGUGUACACUUACUUUCUUCUUUGCAUCUUUCCUUUUUUAUUUCUUUCUUUCUUUAAUUGCAUUUUAUAUUCUCUCUUUGAAAAUUCCUGAAUUUUUUUUCUUUCUUUCUAUCAUUUAUUUUCUCUUUUUGCACAUUUUUUUUCUUUCUUAUUCUGCAUGUUUUUUUAAUAUUUUUUUUAUUUCUUUUCGUUUUAUAUUCAUCCAUUCUAUCUUUUUCGUGCCACGGCAUCUUUCAAAUUGUCGUUAUUUUUUUCUUUCUUGCAUAGAUCCACCUUUCUUUCUUUGUGUAGAAUAUUUUUUCUUUCUUUUUCCCUUUCCUUCUUUCUUUCUUCUUUUUUUUCUUUCUUUCCUUCUUUCUUUCUUUUCCUUUAACUUCUUUUGCUUUGUUUCUUACCGAUAUUUCUUUUUCUUUCUUUUUUUAUAUUUCUUUCUUUCUUUCUUUUUUCUUUUCUUUCUUUCUUUCUUUGUAAUCAACUAUGUAGCAUUCUUUGGAACGUUUUUCUUUUCUCUAUGCAAUGGUAGUCUUUCUGUUUGCAUUGAAACAUCAUUCUUCUUUUCUCUCUUUUCCUUCUUUCUUUCUUUAUUUCUUUCUGUUUUUUUUCUUUCUUGCUUGCUUUUCCUUUUUCUUUCUUUCUUUUUCUUUCUUACUUUUUCUUCUUUUUUCUUUCUUUUACUUCUUUCUUUUUUGUUCUUCCUUUUUUCUUUCUUUCAAUAUUUCUGUAUUUAUCUGUCUUUCUUUCUUUUUUCUUUCGUUUUCCUUCCAUCUUUCUUUUCCUUCUUUCUUUCUUUCUUUUCCUUCUUUCUUUCUUUCUUUCUUUCUUUUCCAUCUUUCCUUUCCUUCUUUCUUUCUUUCUUUCUUUCUUUUCCAUCUUUCCUUUCCUUCUUUCUUUUCUUUCUUUUUCUUUCUUUUCCAUCUUUCCUUUCCUUCUUUUUUUUCUUUCUUUUCCAUCUUUCCUUUCCUUCUUUCUUUCUUUCUUUUCCAUCUUUCCUUUCCUUCUUUCUUUCUUUCUUUUCCAUCUUUCCUUUCCUUCUUUCUUUCUUUCUUUCUUUUCCAUCUUUCCUUUCCUUCUUUCUUUCUUUCUUUCUUUCUUUUCCAUCUUUCCUUUCCUUCUUUCUUUCUUUCUUUCUUUCUUUUCCAUCUUUCCUUUCCUUCUUUCUUUCUUUCUUUUCCAUCUUUCCUUUCCUUCUUUCUUUCUUUCUUUCUUUCUUUCUUUUCCAUCUUUCCUUUCCUUCUUUCUUUCUUUCUUUCUUUUCCAUCUUUCCUUUCCUUCUUUCUUUCUUUCUUUUCCAUCUUUCUUUUCCUUCUUUCUUUCUUUCUUUCUUUUCCUUCCUUCUUUCUUUCUUUAUUUAUUUAUUUUUCUAUUUUUCUUUACCAUUCUUUCUUUCAUUCUUUGAACAUUUAUUUUUCUUUCUUUUUUGCAUGUAA